AUGAACCACAUUCAUGCAGCCACGCUCGUUCAAGGCCCAAACGACGUUUAUCUGACGUAUGCCAACUCUCGAGCACAACUCACGCUCGGAGAAGAAUGUACCUUCUCGGGAACCCCCGGCGCACCAACUUCCCCAACGCUGGCAAUAUGCACCAUCGUCGCGCAAGGAAGCACUGCAACUCAAACGGAGGCUGUAAGCUAUUUGCCGAUCCAGGGAGGGGGCGUCGUCGGGCCCCCGUCUUCUGGCUCGUCGAUUUCCAGUCCCAGUGCCCCAGGUUUCACAACGGGAAGCUCGACGAUGGUAAAAGGUACCGACGGCGAUGCUUCUUCUGGUACAGAUAUGGUAUCCGACUCUUCGGGCGCUGUUACCCCACCCCAGUCCGGGGCACUGCCGAGUGCGAGCUCGUCAGGCCUUCCCAGCUCUUCCAAUUACAAACCCGACAUGUCUCAUUGGCUUGUUCUUGUUGUCCUCACAGUGUUGCAUUUUCUCUGCGUUUCUUUAUAG